UCGACUGUCGCGGCUACGACGCGCGCCCGCGACCACGUCGUUCCGCUCCCGCUUAAAGGAUCACCUUACGUAAUAACUAAUCGGAUCGAAACCGUUCAUCCGAUUAUCGAUUGUGAAAAGUGAACUUUCGACACUUGUGUACUAUUUUUGUUUAUUAUUUUUUUUCGCGCUACAGUGAACUUGAAUAAUUAUUAUUGUGCGCUCUGUGUUAUGUUAUUGUUUUGUUUUCGCACUGACUCGUAAGAUUAUUUUGGGCGUAGCUGUUUGCUUUACAAUAUUAUUUGUUAAUGACUUUGUGAGUGAAUAUUGGAAAACCAUAUCUAAAACGAUUUUUUGUUGAUGUGAUAACUGACUAGUAGAGUGUUAUGUGGACAUCACUGAGACAUUAUCAUCUCAUGUGACAACUGAACUUCAAAUAACAGUUGUCAGGCACAACACAAUAAGAAACUAAACAAAGAAACGGCACGCGAACGAAAAAGAACAAUCAGAGUCUACGAAUACUCGUACAAACACUGAUAUUAAGCAAUCGACAGAAAAUAUUUUUUAUGUAGAACCUAUUUAAUAGUGAUAGGACGACAGAUUAAAAAAAUGUUGCGUUCGAAGUUUGAAAUUGGCGUAUGCGCUUGGCGAGGGUGACGGGUCAUUAUGCGCCGGGAGUGAGCGCGGCGCGGACGUCCGGAUGCACCCGACCGGCGCGGCCAGCCUGCCCGCCGCACCGGAGGCGGAGGUGCAAGCUAUGCACUCAAUGGACUGGCUCUUUAAGAAGGAAAGGAUAUAUCUCCUAGCGCAGUUCUGGCAACAGCGAGCUACCUUGGCGGAAAAGGAGGUAACGACGCUGAAAGAACAGCUAGCUACCACCAGUCCGACGCCCCUCCAAGCGACAGUACCCCUAAAAACCAAUGGCUCUCACAUAGAACCCACAAGAGAUCAGGCAACAGAAACAAGAAUACCCGAUAGAUUUAGUCCAGAUAUUAAAGAAGAGAAAAGAAGAUCGCCAGAUAUUGAUGAAGAUAUAGAACAAAAAAUAGAAAUGGCCGCCACAGCAAGGAGUAACAGUAACUCCUCCAGAAGUAGCCCCGUAGUUAAUCAGAGCAGUAACUUGGAAAACGAGCUAGCUGCGAAAGAAAAAGAGAUUGCUCAACUAGUAGAAGACGUGAGGCGUCUCCAAGCGUCGCUUUCAGCGUUGCAAGAAGCCCACGCACAACAGCUGCAGCGAUUAGAAGAAAGGCUGGACGAGAAAAAACAGCACAUCGCAAGACUAGAAGCGCGGUUAGAUACACAAAGGGACUAUGACGAUAUAAAAAGAGAAAUCAGCAUGCUCCGAUUCUCGGAGCUGGGCCCAACUGAGAGGCCUCACUCACAUUCUCAUUCACACCCCAAAGACAUAUUCGGAUCGCAGAAUCAUUUACUCCGGUCUAUGGAAAUGGGUCCAAAUGAGCGAGUAGAACGCAAAGAAGCACUGCGUUCCCCCGCAACGUCGGCACAUCGCGACAGCUCGAAUGAACGCGAGCGAAGCGCGGAGAGGCGAGAUAUCGGUGGCGAGGAGUGGCCGAGCACGCCACCUCCGCUCAACAACAACACGACGCACCACAACAACAACGGGCCCGUACCGCUGCCGCUCCCUCCACCGAGCCCCUUUCGCUUCGAGGAGCACCGACCCUACAGGUUCGCGGACGACAUGGGUCCUCUGCCACCCGGCGCACUGGUUGGCCGCCUUGGCGACUCCCUCAUUCCCAAGGGCGACCCGAUGGAAGCACGGUUGCAAGAGAUGCUCAGAUACAACAUGGACAAAUACGCCAAUUCCAACCUCGAUACCUUGCACAUAAGCCGACGAGUCCGAGAGCUACUAUCUGUGCACAACAUCGGUCAGAGAUUGUUUGCGAAGUAUGUCCUGGGUCUGUCCCAGGGAACCGUGUCGGAGCUGCUAUCGAAGCCGAAGCCGUGGGACAAGUUAACCGAGAAGGGGCGAGACUCGUACAGAAAGAUGCACGCAUGGGCGUGUGACGAGGCUGCGAUCAUGCUACUGAAGUCACUGAUUCCUAAAAAAGUUGGGAUGAAAGAUGGUAGUGCGGGGACAGGCUUUGGAAGAUCUGAGGGAGAGGGUGACGAACGGCUUGCGCAUAUGCUCGAGGCUUCCCACUUGAUGAAGACACCCACUGGUCAGCCCAACAAUGAUGACUCUAGGAGCAAUGAAGACUCCAGCUCACCUAGAACACAAUGCCCUUCGCCAUUUUCAAAUAAGGACUCAAGUCAAAAUAGAAGAUUGAAGAAAUACGAGAACGAUGACAUUCCUCAAGAAAAAGUGGUGCGCAUAUAUCAGGAGGAACUGGCCAAAAUCAUGACUAGAAGAGUAGAUGAUAUGCGUCACAGUCGCGAUGGCUUUCCUGGCAUGUAUCCUCCUUUUUUCAGCGGCGGAAUGCCUCCGCAUAUGGAGAGGCCACCUGAAGACAUCCGUAUGGCGCUCGAAGCUUAUCAUCGGGAACUAGCCAAAAUUCAACCCGGUGGCAACAUUCCAAAUCUCCAUAACCUGCCAGGAAUGCCACCAUUCCCUAAUCUUCUUGCGCUGCAGCAGCAAGCGAUGCAAGCGCAAAACCAGCACAUGAAUGGGUCUGGAGCGGUCCAAGAUCUCUCCCUUCCCAAAGAGAAGAAUACCAAAAUUAAUGGAAUGACUGAUAGUGAUAAGGAUAGGCCUAUGGACGCUGAGGAGGCUAUAAGGCACGCAGGCAGUGCCUUCUCCUUAGUGAGACCGAAACUAGAACCCGGGCAGCAGUCAACCGGAUCGUCAGCAUCCAGCCCACUCGGUAACGCAAUUCUUCCACCCGCAAUCACUCCAAAUGACGACUUCAGUAGUUCAGCCGCAGCAAGCCCCUUGCAAAGAAUGGCUUCAAUAACAAAUAGUUUAAUUUCGCAACCACCCAAUCCACCACACCAUUCGACGCCACAGAGAUCGAUGAAAGCGGUACUUCCACCAAUCACUCAGCAACAAUUCGAUCUCUUUAAUAAUUUAAAUACGGAAGAUAUUGUCAAAAGAGUAAAGGAAGCUUUAAGCCAGUACUCUAUCAGCCAAAGAUUGUUCGGUGAAUCAGUACUCGGGUUAUCACAGGGUUCCGUGAGCGAUUUACUCGCCCGACCGAAGCCGUGGCAUAUGCUCACUCAAAAGGGAAGGGAACCUUUCAUCAGAAUGAAGAUGUUCCUAGAGGAUGACAAUGCUGUUCACAAACUGGUUGCAUCACAGUACAAAAUUGCGCCUGAAAAGCUAAUGAGAACCGGGAACUACAGCGGAGUACCUCAAUGUCCGCCAAACAUGACCAAGCCGAUACCACCAACGCAAAAAAUGAUCUCCGAUGCGACAUCAUUGCUAAGCAAGAUGCAACACGAGCAACUCCUCGGACCCGCUCACCUCGGCCACCUUGGGCCUCCCACGCCACUACUCCUCACGCCACCCGGCUUUCCCCCACACCACGCCGUCACACUGCCGCCACAACUCCACGACAACAACAACAAAGAACGAAAACCACCGCCACACCCGCCACAGCCGCACCAUCAACCUGUUGCGAUGCGAGGCCUCCACCAACACAUGUCUCCGAGCGUAUACGAAAUGGCAGCGCUAACGCAAGAUUUAGAUACGCAAACAAUCACGACAAAAAUAAAGGAGGCAUUGCUAGCGAACAACAUCGGGCAAAAAAUAUUCGGUGAAGCCGUAUUAGGAUUGUCACAGGGGUCGGUCAGUGAACUCUUAUCGAAGCCCAAACCAUGGCACAUGCUUAGUAUCAAAGGUAGAGAACCAUUCAUUAGAAUGCAGCUGUGGCUGAGCGAUGCUCACAAUAUCGACCGUCUACAAGCGUUAAAGAACGAAAGGCGAGAAGCCAAUAAAAGACGAAGAUCGAGCGGCCCCGGCCAAGACAACUCUUCGGAUACUUCUUCUAAUGACACGUCGGAAUUUUAUCACUCAAGUUCUCCCGGGCCUACCUCUGGGGUACCCUCUGCAAAAAAACAACGAGUGCUUUUCUCUGAGGAACAAAAAGAAGCUCUGAGGCUGGCGUUUGCCCUUGAUCCCUACCCAAAUAUGCCGACGAUCGAGUUUCUCGCAGCUGAAUUGGGUUUGUCCACAAGAACAAUAACGAAUUGGUUUCACAAUCAUAGAAUGAGGUUAAAACAGCAGGCACCGCACGGUCUACCGGCGGAACCUCCCGCGCGCGAUCAGUCAUCUGCGCCCUUCGAUCCCGUGCAGUUCCGACUUCUGUUGAACCAGAGGCUCCUCGAGCUUCAGAAAGAGAGAAUGGGACUAGCUGGAGUCCCGCUACCUUACCCCCCCUAUUUUGCAGCGAACUCAAAUUUUGCCGCUUUGAUAGGCCGGGGUCUCCUUCCCCCCGACGAGCGGGUGAAGAAUCCCACCAGCGGCCUCGACUUAUCUAUGCCGCUAAAGCGGGAACCCGAUGGAGAUGACUUCGAGGACGACGACGUCGAGAGUAACCUCGGCUCGGAUGACUCGCUCGAUGACGAAUCGAAGACUGAGCCUAAGACGGCAUCGACGCCUGCUGGGCGUUCGAGUAGGCGGAAGCCGGCAGCGCCACAGUGGGUGAAUCCUGAUUGGCAGGAUGAAAAGCCUCGCAACCCAGACGAGGUUAUCAUCAACGGCGUAUGCGUGAUGCGGAGUGACGACUUCCGGCGCGAGGCGGAGCAGACGGUGCGCGUGGAGCCCUCGCCCGCGCCGCGCGAACCCUCCCUGCCGGCCUCACCGCACUCUCCCUCCUCGCGCGCCUCGCCUGCCCCCCUCCUGCACGCGCCGCACUCCCCCGAUGUCCUGCCGGAGGACAAGAUAAAGACUGAGGCGGACGACGACCGGUGGGAGUACUAGACAAUAGUGACUACGAAAUGAACUCUUACGGGAGUGUUAGCGGUUAAAACGGGUCCGAGUGUUAGUUAAUGUCGCAUUGGACGGUUAUUUAUUUUAGAUAGGUGUGUGAUCCAUCGAAUGGAGACCGCGUCCGGCCGCCCGGUGUGGCGAGGUUGAGUGCAAAUAUAUCGAUUAGUUAGAUGUGUUCUGUUAUGAUUCGAUUGUAAGGCCAAAGACUUUGUAUAUAGUUCGGCUCGCGGCGCGAUUGUUAGUAGCGUCCGAUGCCGAGGGAUAAAUUGUAAAACCUACGAUACAAAAGUUGCAUUUUGCUUUAAUUUUUAUACACGAGAGUACUUCGAACGGGUACGGAAAUCUGAGUAUUUUUUAAGUUAUGGCUUACUUAUGUUUUAUUCGAUUAUUGUAAAUAAAUAUACCAAAUAUGUAUCGAUGUAGCUCGUGAGCCACGAUCCUGUAUAUAUGUACGUAGGCUAGCGGUACGUUGUAUUGUAAGAUAAAGUUUAUCGUUGCCGAUAAGUAGGGGUAGAUGAGGUUCAUUUAAUUGUUAAAAUUUUAAAGUGCAAUCAGAUGUAAAUUUAAGCUAUGAUCUAUAGUCUAUACGAAACCCCAGUUGAAAAGUAUUAUUAUGUUUAUAUGAACCAGUG